GCAAUAAGAUGUACCCGUCAGUCAGUCAGUCAAAACCAGCACGCGUCACACGUACUUGCCCGCCACAGAAAAACCAUCCUCUCAGAUCCUGAAGGAAGGUGACCUGCCUCUAUCUCCUCUCUCAUAGCUAGCCAUGCAUCCUAUGCCUCCCCACCACCACCCUCCCCACCGCCUCCGCCUUCGUCACCCUCCCCGCCACCACUGUCACGGUUUUUCUUGAAGUCCUGAGGCACAUAGACACAUAGACAUAUGCGCAUGUUGUUCGUGUGUGGCUCGGGUCGGCUUGCCUUGUCGGGUGCGACGGAGACGGUGAGUCCCGAGCGUUGUAGCCCCACACAGUAGCGCUCUGCCCUGUCCUUCCAGGUGGCCGUGACGGUCGCCACGCCGUUCUUGUGCGCCUCCACUGUGAUGGUGUGCGCCUUGGCGCUGCUGAUCUGCGGGAUCACCUCUAUGAUCGAAUCAGUCACGUAACGAAAUCUGCACACGGAGAGAGUGGCAACAAGAACGCAGCCAUGUUGAUGUGUGUGUGUGUGGGUGCUGUGCUCCCCGUGUGCAGUCCGUCCGUGGCGUACGUGUGGAUGUCGUCGUUGUGCAGGAGGACUCGCCAGUCCUUGAUCUGUUUGGACCUCUCCUCCUGGUCCUCGUCGAGUUCCUCCUCCUCUUCGUCCUUGGUCUCCUCUCGGUCCAGCAGCCGCACUGCCGCCUUCUUGACCUCCUUGAUCUUCUCCAUCUGAGUGCCGUCGGCACUCGUCGACAUCGACAGCACACACAGGGGCAUUGCCUGGGUGACAGACAGACAGGGCAUCAUCGCACACGAGAUGAAUCAUCGACCACUCACAGGGAGGUGCAUACGCGUGCCGGAGUGAUCUGCGUGACUGACCUUCCUCCUUGCUGUUGAGAUUGGCAUCCCGCGAGCAGUCCGCCUGGGAAUGGCAGAUCGGUGCCUGCCGCUGCCUCCGAUAAGGCGCAUCUGCACACAGACACGCAGGCACACGAGGGGAUGAAUGGUGGGACGGCGGCGUGGUGCUGAUGUGCUGAUCUAUGCAUUGUCAUGCUCACCCAGGAUGCAACGUACGCCUGCCCGCAUCGAAGCCAAGCAAGGCACAGCACACAUAUGCCCAACAAAUGCAUCAUCACCUGCCUCAUGGCCAACAGGAUUCUCG